AGUGCGCUUGCGCGUGGGCGCGUCUCCUCUUUCGGCCCGACUCGGCUGCCGCUCGGCUCUUUCCGGAGAGGCCUGGUGCCGUCGCCGACGCCGCCGGAGCCGAUUUCUCGGCUUGGCCGAUUCGGGUGUGUGGAGCCAGCCGGGCGGAGGCCGACGGGAUGGAGGCCGUGCCCCGCAUGCCCAUGAUCUGGCUGGACCUCAAGGAGGCCGCCGAGUUCAGCUUCCAGCCGGCCGUCAAGAAGUUUGUGCUGAAGAACUAUGGAGAGAAUCCAGAGGAUUACAAUGAGGAGCUGAAGAAACUUGAACAGCUGCGGCAGAAUGCCGUGAACGUGCCAAGGGAUUUCGAAGGAUGCAGCAUUUUACGGAAAUACCUGGGCCAGCUUCACUACCUCCAGAGCCGAAUUCCAAUGGGAGCCGAACAAGAGGCAUCAGUCCCCAUCACUUGGACCGAGAUCUUCUCUGGCAAAGCUGUCACUCACGAAGACAUCAAAUAUGAGCAGGCCUGCGUCCUCUACAAUCUGGGGGCCUUGCACUCCAUGUUGGGAGCCAUGGACAAACGAGUUUCUGAAGAGGGCAUGAAAGUCUCCUGCACCCACUUCCAGUGUGCAGCCGGUGCCUUCACAUACCUUCGGGACCACUUCCCCCAUUCCUAUAGCGUGGACAUGAGUCACCAGAUCCUGAACCUCAACAUUAACCUCAUGCUGGGUCAAGCUCAGGAAUGUCUCCUGGAGAAGUCCAUGCUGGACAACCGGAAGAGCUUCCUGGUGGCCAGGAUCAGCGCCCAGGUGGUGGAUUACUACAAAGAGGCCUGCCGUGCUUUGGAGAACUCCGACACGGCCUCCCUGCUGGGAAAAAUCCAGAAGGACUGGAAGAAACUGGUGCAGAUGAAGAUCUAUUAUUUUGCCGCUGUGGCCCAUUUACACAUGGGAAAACAGGCAGAGGAGCAGCAGAAGUAUGGCGAGAGGGUCACCUACUUCCAGAGCGCCCUGGAUAAACUCAACGAAGCCAUCCGGUUGGCCAAGGGCCAGCCUGAAACUGUACAGGAGGCGCUGAGAUUCACCAUGGACGUCAUCGGAGGGAAGUAUAGUUCAUCCAAAAAAGAUAACGACUUUAUCUACCACGAAGCCGUCCCUGUACUGGAUACUUUGCAGUCUAUUAAAGGGGCCUCAUUGGUGAAAGCCCUCCCAGUCAACCCCACCGAUCCAGCCGUAACUGGCCCGGAUAUUUUUGCCAAACUGGUGCCGAUGGCUGCCCAUGAAGCCUCAUCGCUCUACAGCGAGGAGAAAGCCAAGCUGUUGAGGGACGUCAUGGCCAAGAUUGACACCAAGAACGAGACUCUCGAGCAGUUCAUGGACUCUCUGCAGCUGGACCCUGAGACGGUGGACAAUUUGGACAUGUACGACCACAUCCCACCCGUCUUGAUGGAGAAAUGCGCAGCGCUCAGCGUACGCCCAGAGACCGUGAAAAACCUCGUCCAAUCCAUGCAAGUCCUCUCCGGUGUCUUCACUGACGUGGAAGCCUCCCUGAAGGACAUCAAGGACCUGCUGGAGGAAGACGAGGUUGAGGAGCAGAAGCUUCGAGAGACCCUGGGCAAGGCCCCUCCGCCGUCCCCGGACCCCCUGGUCCCCUCCGCCAGCGGGGUGGCCGAAGUGGCCAAGGAGUGGGCCAAAUACCUGGAAGUCCACCAGAAGGCCAGCUUCACCAACACCGAGCUCCACAAAGCCAUGAACCUUCACAUCACCAACCUCCGGCUCCUCAGCGGGCCCUUAGAGGGGGUGAAGGCUGCCCUGCCUGCCCCCAGCCUGUCGGAGGAUGACCAGCAAGCCAUCCAGAAUGUCAAGCGUUUACUGGCCAAGGUGCAAGAAAUGAGAGACCAGCGGGUGUCCCUGGAGCACCAGCUCCGUGAGAUGAUCCAGAAGGACGACCUCACCACCUCUCUGGUGACCACCGAUCAGUCUGAGAUGAAGAAACUCUUUGCGGAGCAGCUGAAAAAGUAUGACCAGAUCAAAGUCUACCUGGAGCAGAACCUGGCUGCCCAGGAGAACAUCCUCAAAGCUCUGACGGAGGCCAACGUUAAGUAUGCCGCCGUCCGGAAGAUCCUGGCGGAGGUGGAGCACAAGUGGAAUACGACCCUCCAGACCUUGGUGGCUUCGUACGAAGCCUACGAAGACUUGAUGAAGAAGUCACAAGAAGGGAAAGAAUUUUACGCCGACUUGGAGGGCAAAGUGGCGAAACUCCUGGAAAAAGCACAGACCGCCUGCAAAACAGCCGAAACUGCCCGCCGGCAAAUCAUGGAGAAGGAGAUGAAGAAGAAGACUCCCUCCCGGCCCACCACCUCAAAACCCAUCCUCCAAAAGAAGGCUUCAGAGGCAGAGCUGGCGUGUGAACCGCUGGGCCUAGCCUCCAUCUUGCUGGCCGACCUGCCCGAGGAGCUGCGUAGCCUCCCUCCAGAAGUCCUGGCUGCUCACCUGGCGCAGCUCCCUGCUGAUGCUCUGGCCGCGCUACGUAGCGAGCCACCUUUGCCCGCUGCGGGGAUCAGGGGUCCUGCGGGGGAGGCCUUUAGGGGAGGCCUCCCACUCAGACCACCCUUUGACCCUGGCCAGUUCCCAGUCACCGGACCCCCUCCUCGGCCGUACCAGCCAGCCAGGAUGUCCACCGUUUCUGGACAACGUCCUUUCCCUGUACUAGCUCCCCGCAGCUCUGUGGCAUCCCCUUUGCCAAAUUCACAAGUCUACCCACCAGGGGUUGCCACUGGUCGAGGUCCGGCCCUCGCCCCACACCAGCCAGUGUACGCUGGUCCACCUCUGCCACCCCCGAGGACAUCUCCACAGCACGUACCAAUGUCUCGUCCCGCCCCGGGACCUGUUUACGGGGUCGGAUCGCUGGCGCCUUCUGGUGGAGUGCUGCCAGGCCCACCCGCCCCUCUAGCCAUGAGACCGCCAGCCCCAGUGCCUGGCCAUUUCGUGGGCCCUCAUUUCCCACCACACGCGCAGGGCGUACGGCCCGCCACCACCACAGUGGACAGCCUGCAAGCUCCCAUCUCCAGUUGCACAGCUCCGCAGGGGAUGUCUGGCUCCCUCCCCCAGUGGGCAGGGCCUCCUUCUCAAGGAGGUUUUGUAGGGGGCCCCCCAGGGUCUGCACCCUAUUCUUUUGCCUAUGUCCCGGCAAGUACGGCUCCUUUCCUGCCUCCUUUCUCAGGCACUCAGCCCCAAGCCGGCUUCCCACCGCAGGGAUCACUCCAUCCGCCCUCUGAUCGCUCAGCUUGCUUGCAAACAAUGUCCACCAUGCUACCCUCACAGCAGCAGGUGCCUCACUUCCUGCCCCAGACCCAGCAGCCACAGCCGGCCUUCCCCCAGCCGUACCCGUCCCAGCCCUCAGGCCGACCAGCUCUCCCAAAUCCGGUUCCCGCGCAUCCCGCUAGCCAAGGGCAGCUCCCACUCCAGCUGGGACCUCAACACCCACUGCCACCCCACUCAGGCAGCUUGGCCUUCUCCGCCCCAGCCCCAAGAGGCAUGAUGGGCCCCGUCCAGCAGGUUCCCCUUCACCCUCCUGGCGCAGCAGCCCCCCUUGCAUUUGCUCCGACAUCGGCCCAGAUCCCGGGAGUCCCUGUAGGGUUGGCCGGCCCUCAGCCACCGCCAGUUAACCAGCCUCCCCUCCGACACGUUCCUCCUGCCCCGAGUCCUGUCGGAGGGGCUGUUCCCCCACCGGCUCCCUCUCCCCGCCCUUCCAUGACCCUCCCACCCCCAUGCCUCUUGCCCUCCCAGAUGCCGCCCUCCUCACUGACUCCCGGACCCCCGUCCUUGCCCCAGGUGGCCUCCGAGGUCCCCUUCCAGCGGCAGAGCUCCUCCACCGACGACCUGCUCUCCUCCAGCCCUGAGAGCCAGCACGGGGGUCCCAAGGCACCCGUUGGGCAGCCCCUCCUUCAGCCCACCAAGGCCGACGCCAAGGAUGGCUGCAAGCCCAAAGCUGUCCAGCUGAUUGAGAAUGACCCUUACGAGAAACCGGAGCGUCUUUGGCGCCUCCUGUCUGAGCUAGAACGUUUCCAAGAAGGGGUGUCCCGGUUGGAGAAGACCCCUGCACCGGGCACAGUCAGCGAGCUAGACAAUAUCUGGAAAGAGCUUCAAGAUGCCCAGGAGAAGGAUGCGCGACAGCUGUCGAUCGCCAUUGCGCGUUGUUACACCAUGAAGAACCGACACCAGGACAUCAUGCCGUACGACCGGAAUCGAGUGAUCCUUCAAUCGGGCAAGGACGAUUACAUUAAUGCUAGCCGUAUCGAGGAUCUCUCCUGCUACUGCCCCACCAUUAUCGCCACGCAGGCUCCACUCGUAGGCACCGCCUCGGACUUCUGGCUGAUGAUCUACGAACAGAAAGUCUCUCUUGUGGUCAUGCUGGUCUCAGAGCAGGAGAUGGAGAAGCAAAAAGUGGUACGAUACUUCCCGACGGAGCGAAGCCAGCCCAUGGUCCAUGGCCCCAUCACCCUGGUCCUCACCAGCCUGAAGGCCACCCCCACCCACCUGGAGAGGAUGAUCACGCUGCAAUUCCGCGAUCAGAGUCUGAAACGGACUGUCAUCCAUCUUCAGUUUUCCUCUUGGCCGGAGCUCGGCCUGCCAGACAGUAAAGGGAACCUCCUUCGGUUUAUCCAGGAUGUGCAUAGCCAUUACCUACAUCAGCGACCCCUCCACACACCCAUUGUGGUCCACUGCAGCUCCGGCGUGGGCCGCACGGGCGCCUUUUGCCUCCUCUAUGCCGCCAUGCAGGAGGUGGAAGCCGGCAACAGCAUCCCGGAUUUGGUUCAACUGGUGAAGCGCAUCCGUCGGCAGAGGAAACACAUGCUGCAGGAGAAGGUCCACCUCAGGUUUUGCUACGAGGCGGUCCUGAAACACGCUCUGCAGGUGUUGCAGAGACAUGGCGUGAUGGCCGCGGCCUCCACCAGCAAGCCAGCCAGCAGUAGCUCCCAAAAGGUGUAUCUCCAGCAGGACCCCCAAGAUCUGGUCUUGGGGGGUGACGUCCCCAUCAGUUCCAUCCAAGCCACCAUCGCUAAACUCAGUAUCCGGCCUCUCCCGGGCGGUGCCGAGCCUCCCCCCAAUGGCCGAGGGUUGGAGGUGGCACCCUCUGUGCCCUCCUUUGAUGCUGCACUCCCACCAGCAUCAUCUUCCGCUGCUCCGCGAACCUUUCCCGAGCCGGGCUGCGUGGAGACCACGCUGGGGUUUUCUCCGCCGGUCACACCUGCUCCAGCGUUGCCCGAGACGGCCGCUUUGACCGUUGAGACAAGCAGCUCCGUGGAGGAGGAGAGAAGUGAGGAGAAGGUGGAGAGUCUUCCGAGGGUAGAGCCAUUGGCAUCUACGCGGGCCCUACCUACCUCCUCCUCCUCCUCCUCUUCCUCCUUGGAGCUCCUGGCUUCGCUCACCCCAGAGGCCUUCACCCUGGACAGCUCGCUUAAGGGCCGGCACAAAGUGAGCAAGCAGAGUUUCCUCCAGCCACAGAACGGGGAGGGUCUGCGAGGAGCCCUUCCCACUGAUGACCCUCUCAGCAAGCUGGACCCCCUCUGGACCCUCAACAAAACCUGAACGGAUACAACAAUGACCCCCCCUCUCCAUCCUCCUGGACCUACUUUCCUCGUUUCUGGUGGAGUUCUGGGCAAGACGGGGGUAUCUCGCCACCCCAGGUAUGCCAUGCUGCCUCUGGAAAACUCUUGCCGUGCUUACGGGUCGUUUGAGACCUGGCAGCGCGGCGAUGCCGGACACUCAGAAUGGUUACCAGUUGCCUUUUCAUCCCGCCUCCUCUCAGCCCCAGCCAGGGCCACUGACCGGGACCACGCGUCUGUUACGGUUCGCCUCGAUGGCAGGGCAGUUGAGCCGGGAGCAAAGCUGCAACGCCAGCCGGCUUCCUUAUACCUGCUCAAAGCUUUAGGGGCUGAUGGGGGGAGGGGCACAGACGGUUCAGCGGUUCAACAUGCAAACACACCCACGGCCGUGUUCUCACCUUAGCCUCCCGUUCUUCAGUGAGUAAACUUGGGCCGAGCCACUAAAGGCUGGGUCUCCUACACCAACCGUUUCUCAUUUGUCCCCCACACAUAACAGUUGGUAGGACUCGAGAUGAUCCAGUUGAUCCUGCCAAGUUGGGGGGGGAGGGGCUGGGGUCCCCAGAUAAGUGGGGGAGCCUUGGUUGACUCUCACUAGAAUCUGGCAUUUUGUAGGGUGUUUCCACCCCCGGGUUUCCUUUGAUGGCCGGAUUCGUUUUCCCAAAGGUUCUGUGUUUCUGUUGUGUCCCCCACACUUCCCUUGAAAUGCCCAGGCCCCUGAUUCAGGGGCACGGGGGUCCCCUGCUGUUUGGGCCACCCUCCGUCCAGUGAUGCUGAAUAUUGAGCCACAUGGGCUAUGGAACCUGUUUAACGGCUGUCGAAAAACGGGUGCAGGUGCCCUUAGCAGAUGGUGUGGCCCCCGAAGCAGGCAUCCCACACUCCAAGGAAUGGGGAGCAGUGGGACAGCUAAAAUGAGCCCCCCCCCCCCCCGGCCUCUCGAGGACAGAAAAGCACGGGGAGACUGGCUGCUUUCUCCCCCAAAGAACAUUGAUAAGUUGCAGGUUCCACCAAUCAUUGCUUUGCCUUGACCAGUUUUGGAAAAUGUUUAAUUUUUCUUUUCUUCUUUUCUUCUUCCUUCUGUACAAAUGUUAAUAUUGGCUUCCAGUUUCCAAAUUCUCCGUGUAACUUAAGAACCAAACGUUUUCAGUUCUUUGCUAUGAAAGCAAAUAAAGGGGGCAUUGGAGAUGU